AUGGACCCAGCAGAGACAAACUGUUUUCAAGGAACCCGUCUGGCACUGGGGGGACCUCGAUCAGCCAGACGGGCCUCCAAGCUUGCCAACCACCAGCACUGCCAUUCGGCUUCCACUCCGGACAUUCCAGCUCAGAUGACUUUGCUGAAGUACUUUUAUUAUCAGGCAUCUAAGACUGCUAGCAAGGAGCCAGCUAGCCAGCAGCCUGCCACUCCUGAGCCAGCACCAACCCAAAACCCCUACCUGGGCACCCGGUUGGCUCUGGGAGGCCCUCGGAGCGCCAACCAGAGGUCCGGUCGUCAACGCAGACGACCACACCGUUCCUUGGGUCACCUUGCCACCUGGCCUGUCCUCUCCAGCGCCUCAGAGUCUCCGCGCCCCAGAGUCUCUGCUCCCCAGCGUCCCUGCUGGCGUGCAGCAACUCUCCGUCACUGCUGGCGUGCACAACCCUCCGUCCCUGCUGGGCCAGCGCAGCUAUCCCUUGUUCCGGAGCUGCGCCAGCCCCACGUUCCAGAGUCUGCAGCAUCCCCUGUUGCGUCUCCGCCCGAGUCUGCAGCAUCCCCUUCUGCAGCAGCAUCCUCUUCUUCUGUGGCGUCGCCGCCCGACUCUGCAGCAGCAUCCUCUUCUUCUGUGGCGUCGCCGCCCGAGUCUGCAGCAGCAUCCUCUUCUUCUGUGGCGUCGCCGCCCGAGUCUGCAGCAGCAUCCUCUUCUUCUGUGGCGUCGCCGUCCGAGUCUGUAGCAUCCCCUGUGGCGUCGCCGCCCGAGUCUGCAGCAGCAUCCUCUUCUUCUGUGGCGUCGCCGCCCGAGUCUGCAGCAGCAUCCUCUUCUUCUGUGGCGUCGCCACCCGAGUCUGCAGCAGCAUCCUCUUCUUCUGUGGCAUCGCCACCCGAGUCUUCAGCAGCAUCCUCUUCUUCUGUGGCGUCGCCGCCCGAGUCUGCAUCAUCCCCUACGCCGCCCGAGUCUGCAGCAGCAUCCUCUUCUUCUGUGGCGUCGCUGCCCGAGUCUGCAGCAGCAUCCUCUUCUUCUGUGGCGUCGCCGCCUGAGUCUGCAGCAGCAUCCUCUUCUUCUGUGGCGUCGCCGCCCGACUCUGCAGCAGCAUCCUCUUCUUCUGUGGCGUCGCCGCCCGACUCUGCAGCAGCAUCCUCUUCUUCUGUGGCGUCGCCGCCCGAGUCUGCAGCAGCAUCCUCUUCUUCUGUGGCGUCGCCGCCCGAGUCUGCAGCAGCAUCCUCUUCUUCUGUGGCGUCGCCGCCCGAGUCUGCAGCAGCAUCCUCUUCUUCUGUGGCGUCGCCGCCCGAGUCUGCAGCAGCAUCCUCUUCUUCUUCUGCAGCAGCAUCCUCUUCUUCUUCUGCAGCAGCAUCCUCUUCUUCUGUGGCGUCGCCGCCCGAGUCUGCAGCAGCAUCCUCUUCUUCUGUGGCGUCGCCGUCCGAGUCUGUAGCAUCCCCUGUGGCGUCGCCGCCCGAGUCUGCAGCAGCAUCCUCUUCUUCUGUGGCGUCGCCGCCCGAGUCUGCAGCAGCAUCCUCUUCUUCUGUGGCGUCGCCACCCGAGUCUGCAGCAGCAUCCUCUUCUUCUGUGGCAUCGCCACCCGAGUCUUCAGCAGCAUCCUCUUCUUCUGUGGCGUCGCCGCCCGAGUCUGCAUCAUCCCCUACGCCGCCCGAGUCUGCAGCAGCAUCCUCUUCUUCUGUGGCGUCGCUGCCCGAGUCUGCAGCAGCAUCCUCUUCUUCUGUGGCGUCGCCGCCCGACUCUGCAGCAGCAUCCUCUUCUUCUGUGGCGUCGCCGCCCGAGUCUGCAGCAGCAUCCUCUUCUUCUGUGGCGUCGCCGCCCGAGUCUGCAGCAGCAUCCUCUUCUUCUGUGGCGUCGCCGCCCGAGUCUGCAGCAGCAUCCUCUUCUUCUGUGGCGUCGCCGCCCGAGUCUGCAGCAGCAUCCUCUUCUUCUUCUGCAGCAGCAUACUCUUCUUCUUCUGCAGCAGCAUCCUCUUCUUCUGUGGCGUCGCCGCCCGAGUCUGCAGCAGCAUCCUCUUCUUCUGUGGCGUCGCCGCCCGAGUCUGCAGCAGCAUCCUCUUCUUCUGUGGCGUCGCCGCCCGAGUCUGCAGCAGCAUCCUCUUCUUCUGUGGCGUCGCCACCCGAGUCUGCAGCAGCAUCCUCUUCUUCUGUGGCAUCGCCACCCGAGUCUUCAGCAGCAUCCUCUUCUUCUGUGGCGUCGCCGCCCGAGUCUGCAUCAUCCCCUACGCCGCCCGAGUCUGCAGCAGCAUCCUCUUCUUCUUCUUCAGCAGCAUCCUCUUCUUCUUCUGCAGCAGCAUCCUCUUCUUCUGUGGCGUCGCCGCCCGAGUCUGCAGCAGCAUCCUCUUCUUCUUUGGCGUCGCCGCCCGACUCUGCAGCAGCAUCCUCUUCUUCUGUGGCGUCGCCGCCCGAGUCUGCAGCAGCAUCCUCUUCUUCUUUGGCGUCGCCGCCCGACUCUGCAGCAGCAUCCUCUUCUUCUGUGGCGUCGCCGCCCGACUCUGCAGCAGCAUCCUCUUCUUCUGUGGCGUCGCCGCCCGAGUCUGCAGCAGCAUCCUCUUCUUCUGUGGCGUCGCCGCCCGAGUCUGCAGCAGCAUCCUCUUCUUCUGUGGCGUCGCCGCCCGAGUCUGCAGCAGCAUCCUCUUCUUCUGUGGCGUCGCCGCCCGAGUCUGCAGCAGCAUCCUCUUCUUCUUCUGCAGCAGCAUCCUCUUCUUCUUUGGCGUCGCCGCCCGACUCUGCAGCAGCAUCCUCUUCUUCUGUGGCGUCGCCGCCCGACUCUGCAGCAGCAUCCUCUUCUUCUGUGGCGUCGCCGCCCGAGUCUGCAGCAGCAUCCUCUUCUUCUGUGGCGUCGCCGCCCGAGUCUGCAGCAGCAUCCUCUUCUUCUGUGGCGUCGCCGCCCGAGUCUGCAGCAGCAUCCUCUUCUUCUGUGGCGUCGCCGCCCGAGUCUGCAGCAGCAUCCUCUUCUUCUGUGGCGUCGCCGCCCGAGUCUGCAGCAUCCCCUGUGGCGUCGCCGCCCGAGUCUGCAGCAGCAUCCUCUUCUUCUGUGGCGUCGCCGCCCGAGUCUGCAGCAGCAUCCUCUUCUUCUGUGGCGUCGCCGCCCGAGUCUGCAGCAGCAUCCUCUUCUUCUGUGGCGUCGCCGCCCGAGUCUGCAGCAGCAUCCUCUUCUUCUGUGGCGUCGCCGCCCGAGUCUGCAGCAGCAUCCUCUUCUUCUUUGGCGUCGCCGCCCGACUCUGCAGCAGCAUCCUCUUCUUCUGUGGCGUCGCCGCCCGAGUGUGCAGCAGCAUCCUCU